AUUUCUUUACCCAUAAUGCCUUUGACCAAAACAAUAUGGCGGUGUUGUAGUAAGAUGGAAAAUACCAAUUUACACUGUAUGUGUGAGUAAAACUGCAAUCAUAACGACCCUUACAACAAAUUUCGGCUCUUGCUGCACGGUGAGAGAGAUGGGAGCGAAUGCAUCCCAGCUCGAGAAGGAGAUUGGAUCAGAACAGUUCCCAGCCAAUGAGCACUACUUCGGCCUUGUCAAUUUUGGGAACACAUGUUACUGCAACUCGGUGCUGCAAGCUCUGUACUUCUGCCGGCCGUUCCGGGAGAAGGUCCUGCAGUUCAAGCAGCAUCAGAAGAGUCAGAAGAAGGAGACUCUGCUCACCUGCCUGGCCGACCUGUUCUACAGCAUCGCCACACAGAAGAAGAAGGUGGGAACAAUUGCACCAAAGAAAUUCAUCACACGUCUUCGCAAGGAGAAUGAGCAGUUUGACAACUAUAUGCAGCAAGAUGCUCAUGAAUUCCUCAACUACCUGCUGAACACAGUGGCGGACCUGGUCCAAGCAGAGAAGCAAGGCAACAAGGCCAAGAACAGCGCCGUGGACAGCAAGUCCAAGCAGGAGGCCACGUGGGUCCAUGAAAUAUUCCAGGGCACACUCACUAAUGAAACACGGUGCUUGAACUGUGAAACGGUGAGCAGUAAGGACGAGGACUUCCUGGACCUGUCCGUGGAUGUGGAACAGAACACGUCCAUCACACACUGUCUGCGUGGCUUCAGUAAUACCGAGACGCUGUGUGCCGAACACAAGUAUUACUGUGAAGUCUGCUGCAGCAAACAGGAAGCUCAGAAGCGAAUGAGAGUGAAGAAGUUACCCCAGAUUCUGGCGCUACAUUUAAAGAGGUUCAAGUACAUGGAGCAGUAUAACCGAUACAUCAAAGUGUCCUACCGGGUCGUCUUUCCACUGGAGCUGCGAUUAUUUAAUACAUCUGACGAUGCCUGUAACCCAGAGAGGAUGUACGAUUUGGUAGCUGUAGUGGUGCAUUGUGGGAGUGGCCCGAACAGGGGACACUACAUCAGUAUCGUUAAAAGUCAUGGGUUCUGGCUGCUAUUUGAUGAUGACAUUGUUGAUAAAAUUGAUGCCAGUCAGAUUGAAGAAUUUUAUGGAAUUCCAUCAGACAUGCAGAAAAACUCUGAGUCCGGCUACAUAUUGUUCUACCAGUCCCGAGAGUGAUUUUCGGGGAUGAAGAUUUCCCGGAUGUCCAGUAUGAAGCACAAACUUGAGCAGUACAGUAGCUGCAAGAAACUUGACAGAUAUGUGGGGUGUGUUUGGUGCCCUCCCAGGCAGCGAGGGACUUGGCUGUCAUUACUGUGUCAGGUGCCUACUGGGUGUACAGGACUUGUCCAUCAUUAUGUACUGCUAUGUAUCAGCACCUUUCAGACAGGGUCGCUGUAUGACCUUGAACCUCCCAGCCAAGGUCAUCUGUCACAACCACAGAGAAAACCAGCAGUUUUAGUCCAGGCAAAUAUUUAAUCAGUGUCCAAAACUUUCAAAGUCUGCAACAAGUAACACUGAGAUUCUGUUCCAGCUCCAGGUGUUCCUUGUUACGGCUGGCUUGUCUCACGAUGGCGGUGUUGAAGUUAGAGAUUUAGAAGGUGCCAUGGUGCAGAUAAUAAGGGAGCACACCCAUCUAAGGACUCCCCAAUACUCCAGCACUGGGACUGCCAAUAUGGCUACAACUCUUCCAUAGUCAAAAGCCUACACUGAUAAUUAAGUUAAACGUACAGUUAUUCAUCACUCAUACAUGAAAGGCACAUUGUUGAUGCCCGGGACUAUAAUAAAGUUGGGGGAGAGUUAUCUCCCUUUGAGAAACGUUACAGUAGCUUUAUCCUCGGGAACAUGUUCAUGUAGAGAGGAUUUUCAUAAAUGUCAUGUUCAUGUUGUUUGCAUGUUACAUUUGAAGCAGCUGCACUUAUGCUACUUGAUGUGCUUGUCAGCUGCGCACAGUGCGUGUUAGGUGUUAAUCAUGUCAGACUCCAAGACGCCACAGAGCGUCUUGGUAAAAUGUAACCGUUUAUGUAUUAUGGUAAGGUUUAAAACGGACUGGCUUGGACAUGUCUGAACACUUGUUGUUUCAGAUGUAAGGUACAGCUGAAGGUGAGCGUGGUAUUUUCCUGUGUUUAACAGUCACUGUCAUUGGUGGGCAGGGCUGGUGGAAUUGGAACACUAAUACUUGUUUAAAGCCUUAGCAGACAUUGAAUAUUCAUUCCCUCAAAACGGUGAAAAUCUUUUCUUGAUUACUAUAUUUUUUUAUACUGAGUGAGUACGCUACUGUAAGUUUGAGUAUCUGCACGCAGCAGUGCUAACUCUGGCUUGUCACUGAGUCCCAGCACAGUGAUGGAGCAAGUUAUUGUUGCUGUGUGCGUGUACAGGCUGCAUGCUGUUGUUUAUGUGGAAGUGUACGUAGGUUAGACAGUGCACCCAGGCGGGGAAACUCCCAUCUUCCUGAGGCAGGGGCGUUACCUGACUAAGUCCAGUUUCCACCCUUGCCGAACUAUGCUGGAAUUAUGGAGUUAUAUUUUGGCUGGUCUUACGAGUCUUUACAUAAUCCAUUCAAACUCGCGUAAGAAAAUCGACAUCCGAUUAGUAAACUGCCAUGCACAUUUCAGUUGAUUGCAGGAUUUGCAAAGCAUGUGUACUGCUGACUGAGCACCAACAGAUAUUUUCCAAAUCCUUUCAUGUUUUUAAUCAUCGUGCUCACGUGAUUUGAUGCACUUCGCAAGACCCAUUUU